CCCCGGCGCGGCCGUGACGCGGCGCGAGCGCCCGCGCAGGCGCAGAGAGCGCGCGGCCGCGGCGGCGUGAGGGGAGCCGAGCCCCGGCGGGAAAAGGGGAAAAAUCUGCCCGGCCUGAGGGGAGAGCGGCACAGAUCUGGGCAGAGACAAUGACGCCGAAUAAGAGUCCAGACACGUCCCUCAUCGACCUGGCUGUGAGGAUGAGGAAACAGGCUGAGACCAGGAAGGCGGUGCUGGCCUGGGGGCUCCUCAACAUAUCCGUGGCAGGCAUGAUCUACACUGAAAUGACUGGCAAACUCCUAAGCACAUAUUACAACAUCAGCUGCUUUCCACUCUGGUACAUCGAGUUUGCCCUGGCAGCCCUGUUCAGCCUCAACGCCCUGUUUGAUUUCUGGAGGUACUUCACCUACACUGCAGCACCCAGCAGCCUGGUCACCAGUCCCAGCCAGCAGAUCAUGGGCUGGCUGCGCAAGGCAGCCGUGCCGGUGACCCCGCCCCGGGAGGCCGCGGCCAAGCGGGCGCUGCCGCCGGCGCCGCCCAUCCAGGGGCAGUGCGUGCUCAGCUACAGCCCGUCCCGCUCGCCCAGCGCCAGCCCCAAGUUCCCCGGGGGCUGCCUCGGGGGAUACAGCCCGCAGCUCCCCGCGCUGCCCGGGGCCAGCCCCCCUCACAGCCCCGCGGGCUCCUUCUCACCCGGCAGCGGCUACGCCAAGGUUUCCAGCUUCGGCCACUCUCCCAAUGGAUCUCCCUAUUCCAUGAGUGUGGGAGCUGUGGAGAGCGGCGGGAUCAGGUCCCACUACCGAUUCUCCCCCAUCCUGUACAAUAACUCCACCUACAAAGAUGACUGUAUAACAGACGUCAAAUCCCUGGACACCUUCCUGAGGAACGAGGAGGAGAAGCAGCACCGGGUUCAGUUAGGGAGCUCGGAUUCCAGCUCUCCCUCCAGCAGCCCCACGUUCUGGAACUACGGCCGCUCCAUGGCAGACCACGCUCAGAUCCUGAGGAAGUUCCAGUACCAGCUGGCCUGCAGGUCCCAAGCUCCUUCUGCACACAAGGACGAGGCUGAUCUGAGCUCCAAACAGGCUGCAGAAGAGGUUUGGGCACGGGUGACAAUGAACCGGCAGCUCCUGGAUCACAUGGAUUCCUGGACAGCCAAAAUCAGGAAUUGGAUCAAUGACACCAUCCUGGUGCCCCUCGUGGAGGAGAUGGAGUCUGUGAGCACCCAGCUGAGGAGGAUGGGCUGUCCAGAGCUGCAGAUUGGGGAGGCCAGCAUCAGCAGCCUCAAGCAGGCGGCGCUGGUGAAGGCGCCGCUCAUCCCCACGCUCAACGCGCUGGUGCAGUACCUGGAUCUCACCCCCAACCAGGAGUACCUGGUGGAGAGGAUCAGAGAGCUGUCCCAGGGGGGCUGCAUGAGCUCCUUCCGCUGGAACGCCGGCGGGGAUUUCAAGGGCCGCAAGUGGGACACGGACCUGCCCACGGACUCCUCGAUCCUGAUGCACGUGUUCUGCACCUACCUGGACUCCCGGCUCCCGCCACACCCCAAAUACCCCGACGGCAAAACCUUCACCUCGCAGCACUUCAUCCAGAGCCCGGACAAACCAGACACUUCCAACGAGAACGUGUUCUGCAUCUACCAGAGCAGCAUCAACCCGCCCCACUACGAGCUGAUCUACGAGUGCAACGUCUACAGCCUGCCCAAGGGCAGGAACAACAUGUUCCACACCUUGCUGAUGUUCCUGUACAUCAUAAAGACGAAGGAAUCCGGGAUGUUGGGGCGUGUAAAUCUGGGUUUAUCAGGAGUGAACGUGCUGUGGAUCUUCGGGGAAUAGCGGGACACAGCUCCAGAGGACAGCGCUGCUCUGAGGGAUGAGCUCUGGCUUAAACACGGAUUGGCCCAAGAGAGAAUUAAAGCUCGGCUUUGUGGGCAGAGGGAGGCAGUGCCUGUCAUUCCUGUGGGGUUUUGUCAGGGUUUGACACAGAACAUUCCACCGUGGAAAUGCUCUGGGAGUGAACUCCAGGCUGGAGCUCUCUGUGCUGCCCCUCCCUCAGCCAGUCCUGUUUAAACCGAGCUUUGCUGAUCUCAGACUAAGCUAAAGCAGAGCUCCAAGGGUGCAGCUGGAGCAGCCUGCCCAGGGCUGUGCACGGCUGGGAGCCCCUGGAAGGACAGAGCAGCUUCAGGAUCCAGGAAUUCCAAAUCCAGAAGCUCAGACUCAGCUCUGCUUCAUUUUAUUUUGCAUGAUAAAAACCCAUUAAUUUUACCCCUGAUUAUUGGUGUAAUUGUGAUCUCUGACCCCUCGAGGUGUUCCUGCAGCUGGAAAGGCAGGACAGAACUGUGAUUAUCUUGCUGAGCUCAGCAAAUAGGAAUUUUACUUGAUAUUUCCAAUUUUUAUUUUCAUUUUUUAUUUUUAUUUUGUUUUGUACGAAACCAGCGCGGCCUCCCCUCUCAGGGGCCUUGUGAGCUCUGAACUCCCCAGGUUCCUUCACUGCCACCAGCUCUCCCCUGCCUUUGCUUUUGGAUUUCAUUUCCCUUCAGCUUUUUCCACUGAUCCCCCCGAAUUUGGGAGCUUUAUGCACCUUGGUGGGAGAGCAGGCUCUGCACACCCACAGGUUUUGGGAGUUGUGCCUUUUUUUGUAAAAACACUUGGAUUUGCUACAAAUCAAUCAAGAUUUCUCCAAGGGGCAGGAGGAGAAUUUGUUGUAAAUUCUGGUAAAUGAGUAUUGUAGAAGUGUAUACAGAACCAUAAACACACACAAUCAUUGUACUGUAUUUUUUACUGCUGGGAGGGAAAGAGAAACUUCUGGAACUUUGCUGGUUUUGGUGUGAACUGACUGGAUUUGGUGAUUGUCUCUCUGCCCUGGGGGACCUGGGUGUUCCCAAGGAACUGCUUACAAAUGGCUCAUUUGGUUCUUGUAUUAAAUGAGUUCAUCAAACGCUUUUUGGGGUUUUUCUUGUGUUCAG